AGAGAUCACCUUAUGACGAUGAUUAAUUGCGAGGAACGGUAUUUUUCAUCCGCGAAGAAGUUAUUUGCGAAUAUUUUCGAUGAGAUGAACAAGAUAUUAAGGAAAAGAAAGGAAAAUAUAAAAAUUGGUAGAUUUGGCGGCAAGACGCGAUCAGCUGAUUGGUGGUCGGCGGUUUACGCGCGAAAUGCUGGAAUCGCAGGCCAAUAAGAUCCAAUCGAGAUAAUUUUACCGCGUAAUUGCGGCGGCAACGUUCCUGUGGUUGCUUCAAGUUGCUCGCAGUUCGUCGUCGUCAUCGUGGUUACGGGUUGGUCCCAUCUGAAGUCGUGGCUCGAAGAUUACAGAAACGUUCCAAUAACGAUGGCGUUGCACGAAUCUACCAAGGAGAACGUUCGCAAGCACCUUGAGGAUGUAUCGUUGCAUACAUCACCAAAGAAAUCGUGCAUAUCCCCGACUAUUUCUCAAGAUCAUGGAUUAAAAACUGAAUUACAGCUUUCCAAGACGAAGGCUGUGCGAAAGGUGCAAUUGAAGGAGGAGUUCGAUCCUGAACUGGAGCCGUUGCUCCAAGAAGGUCCAAAUCGCUUUGUAAUUUUCCCUAUUCAAUAUCCUGAUAUUUGGGACAUGUACAAAAAGGCCGUGGCUUCCUUUUGGACUGUAGAAGAAGUAGCUCUCCACAAACUGGACAAGAAGCACUGGGAUGGAAAGCUGAAUUCCGACGAAAGAUAUUUCAUAUCUCACGUUCUAGCGUUCUUUGCGGCUUCCGACGGUAUUGUCAAUGAGAAUCUAAUUGAAAGAUUCAGUCAAGAAGUGAAAAUCGCAGAGGCACGCUGCUUCUAUGGUUUCCAGAUUGCCAUCGAGAAUAUUCAUUCUGAAAUGUAUUCUCUGCUCAUUGAAACUUAUAUCUCUGAUCCGAAAGAAAAGGACUUUUUAUUUAAUGCGCUCGAGACGCUUCCCUGUGUUAGGAAGAAGGCUAAUUGGGCAUUAAACUGGAUCAAUCAUGAGAGUGCUGCAUUUCCCGAGCGUGUUGUUGCAUUCGCGGCAGUUGAGGGCAUCUUUUUCAGUGGCAGUUUUGCUGCGAUAUUCUGGUUAAAAAAGCGAGGACUUAUGCCAGGUCUUACUUUCAGUAACGAACUCAUCUCACGAGACGAAGGAUUACAUUGCGAUUUUGCAUGUUUAAUGUUUAAACAUAUUAUACAAAAGCCAACGUUUGAGCGCGUAAAAUCAAUAAUAAUGGAUGCUGUGGAAAUCGAAAAAGAAUUCUUAACAGAGGCGUUGCCAGUUGAACUGAUAGGAAUGAAUUGUACACUCAUGUGUACUUACAUUGAAUUUGUUGCAGACAGAUUGUUCGUUGCAUUAGGAUUUGAAAAGGUUUAUAAUUCGGAAAAUCCGUUCUCGUUCAUGAACCUCAUUUCCUUAGAGGGCAAGACAAAUUUCUUUGAGAAGAAGGUAGGCGAAUAUAAAAAGUUUGGAGUUGUGGAAGAAAGUUCUCAGAAAAAAGCAUCGAACUUGGUGUUCGAUGCAAAUUUUUAGCACAUGGUUUAUCAUAAGUAUUGUAAAAAUAAGGUGACUUCGCAUAUCUUGAUCCAUGAAGAAGUUGUACAUUAAUUAUCUUUAAGAUUUAGAAAUAAUUUUAUACUAAAGUGAUAUGCUUUAAAAUUGUAUGACAUGUUUGCAAGACAAAGAAAUGUUUAUAAAAAAAUUGUAAGGUACGUAUUAACGGCAUCAAAAAAAGUAUCGUAAUUACAUUUAAGAUAUUUUUAAUAAUUUUGUAAAAUACUAUUCUAUAUACAUUAACAAUAUAUGGAAAAAAGAUAGUUGCCAUUAUUCUAAUUCACACUCAUUCAAUAUUUCUAUUACUAAUAAACAGCGAAAAAGUUUUGAAAAUAGAAAAUAAUUGUAUGAAUUGUUGUUAUUCCGAUAAAGUACUUUGAAAUUACGAUACUCUUUUUAUCGGUCAAUCAAGUUGUUUAAUAAGCCAUUGAGAAGAGAGCUUAAUUAGAACGAAACAAAUUAAAUUUAUAAUUAGAGACUAAUUUACUAAAAUGUUCUUUUAUGAUUUGAUAUCGAUUUAUUUUACAAUGGUACGAACUCCAGACAUUUAUAUGCGUGUUACGUUUAGAUAUAAUUUAUCUUUUCUCUAUGUUAUAUUUUCAUUUUUUUUUGAAAAGUUAAAGUAUCGCAAAGUUUGAUAAAAGAGCCUUGUUACAUCAAUUAUUCUAUUAUGAAGUGCCACUAAAAUUUUGACCAAGUUAAAAACUGUACAUAAAUUUAGAUGAAUAAUCACAAUGAGGACAAAGAUUCUUUAAUUUAAAUCUUAAACAGUAUUUGAAUUAGUAAGUCUUUUGACAUGUAUGUAGACAGUAAUGUUAUGACAAUAAAUAUGAUUUAAAAGACUA